AUGAAGAGCGAACGGCAACUGAUGCAAAUGAACGAAGAGCAAUUACGCAACAAGCGUAACAGAGCAGCAAAGUUUCCAGAGCUGGAGAGGGAGCUGAGCAAGUUUGUCGACUACAUGGAAGCAAACAACAAGCCUGUGUCACGUAGUUCUUUGGUAUUGCAAGCUUUCGCUAUCGCAAGGAAGCAAGGAAUCGAAGUUGAUGGUGAAAAGCCAGAGAUUACGUUCAGCGACGGGUGGUUGACAAAGUUUGAGCGACGUUUUGGCUAUCAAGCAAGGCUUAUGCAUGGCGAGGCUGGCUCUGUCGACCUCAGUCAUCACACCAUACAAGAGGUGAUAACAGAUAUCAAGAAAGAGAUUGCCAACUAUGAUAUCGCCGAUAUCUACACCAUUGAUGAGACCGGCUUAUUUUACAAGCAGGCACCAAUACACACCAUGUCUAACUAA